CUUCUGAACCGGAUAUCCGCUCUGCUUUGCUUGCUAGCGUGAGCUACCGUCGGCGCACGUGGAGUCCAGCAGAGAAAACAGCGCGUGAGCCCUCACCUGUUUCACCUGUUUAAAAAACAAAACAAAGUUUAAAAACUUAUUUUGAAUCUUUCUGAAGCUUUGAAACCAACUUCCGUCGACAUGUUUCUGCAGUUUUACCUGAACGAGAGCGGAGACAGAGUGUACACUCUGAAGAAGAUCUGUCCUGACGGGCAGCCCACCAGCUCGGCUCACCCGGCCCGCUUCUCCCCGGACGACAAGUUCUCCAGACACAGAGUGACGGUGAAGAAACGCUUCGGCCUCCUGAUCACCCAGCAGCCCCGGCCUGUUCUGUGAGAGAGCGGCAGAGGAAGAGGUGGACGGACGGACGGACGGCGUUGAAGAUGGAACUGUAAAGAAAAAAUAGAGCCCAAAGCUCCUGGCUCACAUUUAGAGGACUGUUCAUGUGUUGGAUAUCAGCUGUCGUUGAUGGUUAUAGAUCUUUCUUUUUUUAAUUCAUUAUUCAUUUUAAGUACACUUUUUAAAAUUUUGUUUCUAUGCUGAAUAAAUGUUUGGUUGAUGGUUUCUA